AUGGAAAAACAACUUCGUCAGCCUGGGAUUUUUGGGCAGCUCGGCUGGGAUACCUACACUGUAGUUGUUCUCGGGUUUCCAAACCAGCCUGGAGUGCAGCAAGAUGAGGUCAUGACGGCACUUGACAAGGCUGCCAUGAAGCUUCUGGAGGCUUUUCCAUUCCUCGCCGGUCAGGUCGUCAAAAGAGGGCAGUCAGCUACGAGAUCCGGUAGAUAUGAAAUCAUUCCGUAUCCGCCUCAUGAUGGAAAAUCUCCCGUACGCCGAAAAGACUGUACCGAAUUAUGCCCUUCUUACGAACAGAUCCUCAGCGCGAAUGCACCUUUUGCCAUGCUAGACGGCGAUGUCCUAUGCCCCAAGAAAGGCAUGGGCUAUCAGUAUUCUGAAGAAAGCGAGCGACCAGUCUUCAUUAUACAAGCCAAUUUUAUAAAAGGAGGACUGCUUCUAUGCUUCGCGUCUAUGCACAACGCUCUUGAUAUGAACGGACAGGGCAUUGUCCUCAAGAUGUUCGCUACCGCUGCACGUGGGGAAGAGCUGGAUGUGGAGCUGGUAAAGGCAGGGAAUCGAGACGCUGACACCAUUGUGCCGCUGCUGAAACCAGAUGAGAUUGGCCUUGAUCACAGUGACCUGAGAAAGCCAUCAUCCUUGGGGCAGUCAGGCCAUCACGGCGCACCGGGUAAAGCUCCGUGGAAUUACUGGCGCUUCCCGGCCGAUAAACUUGCAAAGCUCAAGGAAAUUGCUUCGACUGGGCGUACUUGGAUCUCUACAAAUGAUGCUAUUACGGCUUUCUACAUCCAGCGACUUACUGCGGUCCGCUUGGCUGCGAACCGCGUGGCAGCAAGCGAAGAUGUUCACUGCCUUCGAGCAGUUGACGGGAGACGAAAGCUAGAUCCACCAGUCAGCGAAGGAUAUCUUGGCCAUCUAUGUGGCCUCUCUGAUACAGCUUGGCCUACGGCUCGUGAGCUUGUUGAUGGUUCGCUUGCCGAUGCUGCUAUCAGUAUUAGAGAAUCACUCAACCGGAUUGACGACCUCUAUAUGCGCAGUCUCGCGACGCUCAUUAACAACACAGAGUAUAAGACUACAAUCUUUUAUGGAGCCAAGAAGAGACUUGGAAAGGAUAUAUUAAUCUCAUCGUGGGUGCAGCUGCAUUGGCUAGCGAGCUGCAGCUUUGGUGCGGCGAUUGGCGUGCCCGAUUUUGUCCGUAGAGCUAGGUUACCGGAACUUCCAGAUCUAGUGUACAUGAUGCCGAAGAAUAAAGAAGGGCACAUGGAUCUUGGUAUGAGCUUGUUUCACGAGGAUUUUGUUGGUCUAGCGAAUGAUGCAAUUUGGAGAGAUUUCACUGAGUUGAUCGGCUAG